AACAUCAUCGCACUCCCGCAAACGAACUAUUGAAGAUAUCUCGGGAGAGAUGGCGUUUGGCUGCUUGAAGAUUGUAAACGCAAAAUCUCCUCUUUCAUUUUCAGGAAAAGAUUCCAACAUCAAACUCCAAACGCGGAAUCCAGCAUUUGUAAUAAUUUCUCAGGCAAUUCAGGAACCGCCGCAGCUGAAACACGCAUUGGGAAAAAGAGGUGCAAUUGUCUACUUGACUGCAUCCCUGGUGACCGCUCUCUUCCCAAUCGAGACCGUUGAAGCACGGACCACAAAGGCAGAGAAUAAGAGAAAAGUCAGGGAGAAGCUCAAGAAGCUCCGAGAGAAGGCCAGAGCAUCUGAAUCGAAGGCUGAUUCAAGCUCCCGCGGUGAGAAAAAGGAAUCUAAAGUUCCCCAAAACAGCCUACUGACUGAAUCUCCUGUUGAAGUGAUGAUUCCCCAGUAGAACUACCACUCUCUAGCUGCGUUUGAAGUUCUUAUGUCCAAUGUUAAACACUUUCUGUU